AUGGCGGACGAAGAGCAUCUGACCUCCAUUCCACGCUCCCCGAUCAGCGCCGCCGCGUUGGACAACGUCAAUACUACUUAUAACUCCCAUCUCGGAGAGAGUCUCAGCAGCAGCAGCGGUGGUGGUGGUAAAAGCUCUUCGAGCCGUGUCAUCAGUGGUCACGAGAGGGGAUUUGUGCAGCCGGCCUCGUACUUGCGACGCCGUGGUCUUUCACAUCCAAUGGCGGCCUCUCAGCCCGAACGCGCUGUCGAUGCGGAGGAACAAAUGGGAUUGGUGGAAAAGGCAUUGGGUGUAGCGCCUCCAGAAACGAUAGCGAUUGACCCAGAGCGGCCGCUCUAUGAAGCAUGUCGUCGCAUGCUGUCUUCUCGCGCGCGGCGUAUCCCCUUGGUCUCGAAUGAUAGCCAGACUGACCGGUCCCUUGUCGUCAGUGUGGUCACUCAAUAUCGGAUUUUGAAGUUUGUCGCGGUCAAUGUCGCCGAGACACAGAACCUUCGCAAGCCGCUCAAGGAGAUUCGGCUUGGCACCUAUCACGAUAUCGUCACUGCGUCGAUGGACACGCCUGUCAUGGAAGUCAUUCACCAGUUAGUCGAGCGUAGCAUAUCAAGUGUUCCCAUCAUCAACUCCGAAGGUAUUGUUUAUAAUGUAUUCGAGGCGGUUGACGUGAUCACCUUGAUCAAGGGAGGGACAUACGAUGAUCUUAGCCUCAGCGUGGGAGAAGCGUUGAAGAAGCGCUCGCCGGUAACUCCCCCCUCCUCUCGUCUGCCAGCACCUGGGCGCAUUGCUGACACUUGGACCCAGGACUUUCCUGGCAUCUAUACGUGCUCGAUCAACGACGGGCUGGACACCAUCUUCGACACCAUCCGCAAGUCGCGGGUGCACCGGUUGAUCGUGGUGGACGAGUACUUCCGACUGAUCGGAGUGCUGACUCUGAGUGACAUUCUACAGUACAUUCUACUUGAGGGCGAGCACGAUGAAUAG